GAUCACGGUGGUUUCAGCUUCAGCUCUGCAUCUCCUUCAGCUACAAUGAAAACUACUCUCUCCAUCAUCUUGGCGGUUUCCGUGUCGCUGGCGGCGGCAGGAGGCGGCGGCGGUUACGGCGGAUACGGCGGCGGUAAGGGCAAAGGUGGCGGAUAUUACCGUGGUGGCCAUGGUAUCGGUAUUGGGGUACUCAUCCCCCACCAUGUGCCCGCCCCUUUCCCGGUGCCCCACCCCGUACCUCACCCCGUACCCGUACCCCAGCCAUACCCAGUUGUACAUCACGUGCACGUGCCCGUUCCUGUCGUGAAACACGUCCACGUGCCCGUCAUCAAGAAGGUCGCUGUGCCCGUGCCCGUCAAGGUGCCCGUGCAUGUUAAGGGGCACGAUUUCGGUCACGGUUUCGGUGGAGGUUUCGGCGGUGAUUUGCACGACUGGUGAACAGCAGCAAAAGUUUAUAAGUAUUAAGGAAAGUCACAAUUUCAUUAGCAAUACGCUGAUUUAUUUCCUUCAAUCAUGAACAAUUUAUUUUUAAUUCUAAAAACACGUAUGAAGUUUUUUUUUUUUGUUUUUGAAGAGAUUUCUGCAUCUAUCCCAGAACAUGAUCCCAGAACAGCACCCUGAAAAUUUUUUAAUCAUCCACACGUUUACGAAUCACUAAUAUUGAAAGUCACUUUAGUUGUUAAUUACCGUUUCCCCUUUUUUAUCGAUGAAUUCAUUGCAUAUUUACUUAAUGGGAGCUUUACCUUUGUUGUUAAUGAUAUUUUGUUAUUAUUAGCGAGGGUAUUGCAACCGACUCUCAGCACCGAUGUUUUUCACCUUAUUCUUCUGUUACGCCGCGUCCACACGUUAAGUCUGGUCGAUACCUAUAGCGGCAGGCGGGUAUUUCUGAUUUAAUUGGGGGAUUUAAGUACCAAGUUUCUUAGUUUUCGUGAAUUUCUAUCAGAAAUGGUUUUACUUCGUGUUACGCGGAAAAAAUCAAACUAUGUUUCUCAAUAAAAAAAAACAUAGACAAUCAAAAUUUAGCCGUGAAAAUAGGCAAGUUUCUCAAAUUGGUUUACCGUAACCUGCCGCUUAGAGUACAGAUUAAGUUCUUGUUCUUGUCAACGCCUAGUUCACUAACUUCAAGUUUGUUCGACUCCAGUGCGUGUGAACCGAAUUUUUUUAUCUGCUCGAACGAGUCGUACGAAACUCGCACAUGUUCGGUCGAGAAAACGAAACUCGAUUUGUGCGAUCGAGUCAACGAACUGUACCUACUUUUAUACAAUAAAAUGUUAUCAUUUA